AUGGAAAAGUUCAGUCCCAUGGCAGGCCCAGCAACUGACUUCCUCAUCACCAUCGCCGAGCCCAGAUCUAGACCGGCGUUUCUUCACGAAUACAUCAUGACGCCUCAUAGUCUAUAUGCAGCUGUGUCUGUUGGUCUGAGCCCUGAAGACACCAUUGGCACUCUAGAUCGCUUCCUCAAGACCCAGUUGCCCCCCAGCAUCAAACAGUUCGUUCUGUCAUGCACCACGAGCUACGGCAAGGUCAAGUUGGUGCUGAAGAAUAACCGCUAUUUUGUCGAGAGUAUGGAUCGCGAAAUUCUUCAGAUGCAGCUCGAAGAUAAGGCCAUCAAGAAGUUUCGAUUACGUGGUUUAGGGAAGAUCAACACAGCAGCUGCACCUAUGAUGGGUGGGAUCGUCAUCCCCGGCACCAAGGACGCAGCUGGCGUCCAGGAGGCCAACCUCUCCCGCAAGACAGCGAAGCAACCUACAGAGACGAAUUUGAGUGCAGAUGUUUACGCUGCGUUGAAUGAGGACGAAGGUGAUGAGAAAGAAACUACCUAUAACUUUGAGAUCCCGGAUGCAGCUGUCGAGGUGGUCCAAAAGCGCUGUCUGGACCUCUCUUAUCCCAUCCUUGAAGAGUACGACUUUCGCUUCGACCGUGCUAACCUAAACCUCAAGGUCGAUCUACGACCCAAUACACAGAUCCGGCCGUAUCAGGAAAAGAGCCUCAGUAAGAUGUUUGGCAACGGCCGAGCCAAGAGCGGAAUCAUCGUCCUGCCAUGCGGUGCAGGGAAAACCUUGGUAGGCAUCACAGCUGCGUGUACCAUCAAGAAGAGCGUUAUUGUGCUCUGCACCAGCUCAGUCUCUGCGGUUCAGUGGCGCAACGAGUUUCUAAAGUGGUCAAACAUCAACCCAGCCAGCAUUACCACCUUUACCGCAGAGAGCAAGACUAUCUUCAAGGGCAGAGCUGGUAUCAUUAUUACGACGUAUUCUAUGGUAACCACCAGCCGUGAGCGUUCCAGAGAAUCGAAAGAGGUCAUGGACUUCUUGGCAGGCCGGGAAUGGGGUCUCAUGCUCCUUGAUGAGGUUCACGUUGUGCCUGCCAACAUCUUCAGACAAGUCAUCUCAAGCAUCAAGUCGCACUCCAAGCUUGGUCUGACGGCGACAUUGCUUCGUGAAGACGAUAAGAUCUCGCACCUCAAUUUUCUGAUUGGGCCCAAAUUGUAUGAAGCAAAUUGGAUGGAGCUGUCUCAGCAAGGUCACAUCGCCAAGGUCCAGUGCGCUGAAGUUUGGUGUCCGAUGCCAGUCGAGUUCUAUGAGACAUACCUCAAGGUGCCCAUCCGGAUGAAGCGAAUUUUGGGGGCCGUGAAUCCAUUCAAAUUCCAGGCCUGUCAGUAUCUCAUCAACUAUCACGAGUCACGCGGCGACAAGAUUAUCGUCUUCUCGGAUGACCUCUACUCGCUCAAGCUCUAUGCUAUCAAACUCGGCAAGGCCUUCAUCUAUGGCGAGACGCUGCAAGAGGAGCGGAUGACGAUCCUAGAGAAUUUCCAACGAAAUCCUCUCAUAAGCACGUUGUUUCUCUCCAAAAUCGGCGACACGUCUCUGGAUCUCCCGGAAGCGACCUGCCUCAUACAAAUCUCAUCCCACUUUGGAUCCCGGCGUCAGGAGGCUCAAAGACUCGGCCGCAUCUUGCGGGCAAAGCGCCGUAACGAUGAAGGCUUUAAUGCCUUCUUUUACACACUCGUCUCCAAGGAUACGCAAGAGAUGUUCUACUCGUCGAAGCGGCAGGCCUUUCUCGUGGAUCAGGGCUACGCCUUCAAGGUGAUUACACAGCUCGCUGGUAUACACAAUAUGCCGGAUCUUGCCUUUGCGAAAGCUUCCGAGCGACAAGAGCUACUGAAGCGCACACUCAUAGACAAUGAAAAGGUUAUCAGCGAGGAGGGUGAGACAGACUAUCUUUUCGGGAAGGGGAACGGCAAAUAUGGUCAGAAAAAGACUGCCAAUGGGAAGUCAAAACGGAACCCAUUCUUUCGAAAGCUUGACCGAGAGAGGGAGCGUCGCCGGAAGAAGGCCGCUCAGUAA